AUGGUCGCCGUGCCCUUUCCCGUGGAGAUUCCCGAGGCCAGCCCUUUCGGUCCACAGAACAUACCAUUUGGGAUUUUCAGUACACCGCAGGGUGUUGGUCUUGGAACCAAACCACGCGCUGGAGUGGCGCUUGGAGACUAUGUCAUCGAACUCCAUGAGCUGGCUCGACACGGCGUGUUCGAUACGCACCAAAAUACUUCAAGGAUCUUGAGACAGGUCUUCCUCGAGUCCACGCUGAACUCGUUCGCGGCAUUGGAAGCCGGUGAAAGGAGAUGGGUCCGACAGACAAUCAUCGAGAAUGUCACAAGCGAAAAGUCAGUCCUCUUUACGGAUCCAGGCCUGAACGAGAAAGCCUUUGUGUUGGCCCGUGACACGCAAAUGCACUUACCCAUGGACAUCACCGACUACACCGACUCGUUUUCGUCUCUCAUUCACGCUGAAAAUUCUCUGAAACCUCUGGGACUCGACCUACCGCCGGCGUUCAAGCUCUAUCCACUUGGAUACAAUGGCCGUUGCUCCUCCAUCUUCCCGUCCGGCCACCAGAUCCAUCGGCCCAGUGGAUUUUUCAUCAAAGAAGGCGACACCCAGCCGGCUUUCCAGAUCUCACGAAAGAUGGACUUUGAGAUCGAGCUCGGGGCCUUUAUUUCCAAGCCGGUCCCCCACGGACAGACAAUCGACGCAAAGACCGCGGCAGAUCAUAUCUUCGGCUAUGUCCUCCACAACGACUGGUCGGCCAGAGACAUUCAGCCGUAUGAGAUGCCUCCGCUGGGGCCGAUGCAUUCCAAGGGCUUUGUCACCACCAUCUCGCCCUGGAUUGUGACUGUGGAUGCGCUAGCAAGUUGUUGCACUGGCCCGCCGACAUCCAACGCAACUCCGAUCCAUUCGUCGCUCGUGACUGACGAGGCGAGUCACGGCGUUUAUGACAUUGAAUUUACAGCUUCGGUGGCUCGUUGCGGCAAUAGCCCCGUCGAGAUUGUUCGGUCCAACUACCGCCACUCGUACUGGAGCGUUCCACAAAUGAUAGCAUACCAAUCUUCCGGGGGAUGGGGCAUCAACACCGGUGAUCUGGUAGCCAGUGGAACCGUCUCGUCUCCAGCGCCAGAGAUCAAGAAAGGACUCGGCUCGUACGGAUGUCUCCUAGAGUGCUUUGCGCAGCAACACGAGUUGCCUGCGGUGGGCGGCAAGUCCAUGUCCUGGCUCGAGGACGGCGAUGAACUCGCCAUCCAGGGCUGGUUCAGGACGGCUGACGACCCAAUCUCUCCGAUCGCGAAGCCAAUACAACAAGAUCGAGGCGUUGAAAUGGCGCCACCCAGAGUCUUGUUGACAGGUGCCAACGGGUUCAUCGGAGGUCAUCUCCUGUCCUUUUUCUUGGAGAAAUCAUGCUCCGUACAAGCUGUGGUUCGAUCCGAAGCCAAAGCGGAGAGAGUCACGAAGGACUUCCCCGGCUACGACAGAUCGAGGCUCGACUUCUCCAUCGUGCCCGACAUCACGGCGCCGGGGGCCUUUGACCAGUGCAUCAAGGACGCUCAGCCCCUCGACGCCAUCAUCCACGCCGCUUCCCCGUUCAACUUCGCCGCGGCCAAGUCACCUGGUGAUUUCAUCGACCCGGCAAUCAAUGGCACGACGGAAAUCCUGAAGUCGGCCGCAAAGUACGCGCCCGGGCUCAAACGACUGGUCAUCACAAGUAGUUUUGCAGCCAUCGGGAACCCACUGGAUCUCCAAGGAAACGGGAGAGUGUAUUCCUCCGAGUCCUGGAACCCUGUGACCAAAGAACAGGGAUACUCGAGCGAUGUGAGCCUGGCGUAUUGGGCGAGCAAGACCCUGGCAGAGCGGGCAGCUUGGGAAUUCGUCACGACGGAGAAACCAGGCUUUGAGCUCGUCGUCCUCAACCCGCCCAUCGUGUACGGUCCCCUCAGGCACAGCAUUGAUUCCAUGAGCGAUCUGAACACGUCAAACGCGAUUCUUUGGAGGCUCAUGAAUGUCGGAAAAGGCGCUCCUGUCCCAGAUGACUCUCUGCAUAUCUCUGCCGAUGUCCGGGACUUGUCGUUGGCACAUUAUCAAGCGGCCUUUGCUCCCGGGGUUGGAGGCCGGAGAUUUCUCAUCACUCCUGGCUGUAAUAGCAACCAGGAAAUCUGCGACAUUUUGAGAAGGGAAUUUCCGGAGCUCGACGAGAAGAUCCCUCCGGGGAAUCCAGGCCAGCAUGCCUUGCCUGCGGGCUCGUUCAAGGUCGACAAUUCGUCGUCGCGAGAGGUGCUGGGUGUGGCGUAUCGGCCGUUGGAAACGACUGUCGUGGAUACUGCAAGGAGUUUGUUGAAGGUGGCAAAGACAUUGAAGGCAAAGGUGUGA